AUGAGUGACUUCGGCCACUUUGGCGGCUCCGAGGAGGAGUACGCGACUGUGCGCAAGCACAAUGCUGAGGUGGUGACCGACCCCGACAACUUCGAGAACUGGGAAAACCUCAUCAAAGCCUGCGAGACACUCGAGGGUGGCUUGAACCGCAACUCUAGCCCCCAAGCCCUUGCUACCUUCCGCGAUGCCUACGACAGAUUCCUCCUCAAGUUCCCUCUCCUGUUUGGAUACUGGAAAAAGUAUGCCGACAUGGAGUUCAACAUUGCGGGCCCCGAGUCUGCUGAGAUGGUCUACGAGAGAGGAUGCGCAAGCAUCACUAAUUCUGUCGACUUGUGGACGGAUUACUGCUCCUUCAAGAUGGAGACAACCCAUGACCCACACCUCGUCAGAGAACUGUUUGAGCGCGGCUCGACUGCUGCCGGCCUCGAUUUCCUGGCCCAUCCCUUCUGGGACAAGUACAUAGAGUACGAGGAGCGCCAAGAGGCUCAUGACAGAAUCUAUGCGAUUCACGCGAGGAUCAUCCGCAUCCCGAUGCACCAGUAUGCAAGGUACUACGAGCGAUUCCGAUCGCUGUCACACAGCCGACCCAUGACUGAGGUUGUGCCCGCUGAUGUCUUGGCGCGGUUCAAGUCCGAGGUUGAGGCAGAAGCCGCGGCAUUUGGCGCCCCAAAGCCCGAGCUGGAGGUUGAGCGUGAUAUCCGUGCCAAGAUCGAUGCCAUGUACUACGAGGUGUUCACAGCAACACAGACCGAAGUUUCCAAGCGCUGGACGUACGAGUCUGAGAACAAGCGCCCCUAUUUCCACGUCACCCCACUGGAGCACUCGCAAUUGGCAAACUGGCGCAAGUACUUGGACUUUGAGGAGUCCGAAGGUGACUACUCACGAAUUGUCGCCUUGUACGAGCGAUGUCUCGUCACGUGCGCGUACUACGACGAGUUCUGGUUCCGUUUCGCUCGAUGGAUGUCUGGCCAAGAAGGAAAGGAAGAGGAGGUGCGAAACAUCUACAUGCGCGCCUCAACCAUGUUUGUGCCCAUCAGCAGGCCUGGUAUCCGGAUGCAGUGGGCAUAUUUCGAAGAGAGCUCUGGCAGGGUGCAGGUCGCUCUCGAUAUUCAUGAGGCGAUUCUCCUCAGGUUGCCGGAUUGUGUCGAGGUCAUCGUGUCCUGGGCCAACGUCGAGCGACGCCAGAACGGAAUUGAUGCGGCCAUUCAAGUGUACAAGAACCAGAUUGAUGCUCCCACAGUGGAUAUCUACACCAAGGCCGCCUUGGUUGCGGAGUGGGCCCUCUUGCUCUGGAAAGCAAAGGGCUCUGUGGAAGAGGCCCGUGGCGUCUUCCUCAAGAACGUGCAGUGGUAUGCAGACAGCCGAUUGUUCUGGGACCGAUGGUUCCAGUUUGAGCUGGAACAGCCCACAAGCGUCGAGACAGAGUCGCAACACAAAGAGCGGAUGAAGCAGGUGUUUGACGAGCUCCGAGAGCGAAGUCACCUCUCCCCAGCAGUCAAGAAGGAGCUCACACAAGUAUACCUCACCUAUCUUGUUGAGCGUGGUGACAAGGAUGCCAUGAAGGUAUUCUUGCAAGUCGACCGAGAGAUCUUCGGGUAA